AUCAUCAGAAUUUUAAAGAGCGUCAAACUCAAUUGCAGACGGAUCCUCUCCCUGCUAUCUCGCGUACCAAACAGAUACCGAGAAGAAGAAGAAGAAGAAGAAGAAGAAAAGAUGGUUUGCGUAGCGUGCUUGUUACCUCUGUUCCUCGUCCCAAUCGUCAAUCUGUUACCCUUGAUCUUCUAUUUUCUCAAGGGAAAAAUAUAUGCGCUGUUUGGAUGGGAAUACAGGAAACCAGAGAGAGCUCCUCCAGCUUGUCCUUAUAAGCCCCCUGCUUCCAGUAUUAACACUACUACCAAACAGGUGGAAGCGGAAGGUGAACCUGUUGCGAAACCUGUGGCAGUAGGAGAUGGAAAGCAGGACUGAAUUUGAGACUGCUUUUAUGUGCGUGAACAUCAGCUCUUGAGGUUUUUCUUAAUGCAACCUAAGGUCUCUGUUAGAUAUAUUCUUGUGCUACUCUCUCUCUCUCUCUCUCUCUCUCAAUAAUAUUUGUAACUGAGAUUUCCUCAAGCUACUGCAGCGUCAAAAGUUUGAAUUUGGAAUGAACAUCAACUUGGCAUUUUGUGUGACUGUAAACUAUUUUUUGUUGCAUUGACAACUGCAGUUUUUUAUAGACUUAUCUUAUAUUGAUCCAGGUGAA